CGUUUAUCGGAUGAUUUUCUCGUGGGCGGGGCCUCGUGAAGGAAGACGCGCCGCGAUGACAGAACCCAGCAGUACCACCGGCAUAUAUGAGCGAUUUCUUUCUGCUUUACACACGUCAAACUAGGACGUUUAGUGCGUAAUCCGAGUUAAAUCCUCAACCUCUCCAGACACGUAUAUUAAAUAAUACUCACAUAUCGAGAAACUUUCAUGUCGGGCAUUUACAGGCAAAAGAAUUAUAUGAUGGAGACUGAGAUCCACGUGCCGGUUGGUUCGCCAACGAUCAAAAAAUAUCCGAUAUUCGUGGACGAGCAUAAUGUGACGGAAGGAGCUAUGAAGCUAAUCAAAGAGCUCCGACCGGGCUGGGACCCGACCCUGGUCCAGACCAAGCUAUUCACCGACGGCACGACCAACAAACUGAUGGGUUGUUACAUGGAGGAACACCCCGAUGACGUGGUGCUGGUGAGGGUCUACGGCAACAAGACCGAGCUGUUUGUGGACCGAGACAACGAGCUCAAGAGCUUCCAGGUUCUGCACGCCAACGGAUGCGCGCCCAGUCUGUACUGCUCCUUCCAGAAUGGCAUCUGUUACGAGUUCAUGCAAGGACGCGCUCUCGAUACUCAAGACGUCAGGGACUCCGUGUUACUCAGACUGAUCGCCCGAGAAAUGGCCCGCAUUCACGCCAUCCACGCCCACAACGGCUGCAUCCCCAAACCCAACCUGUGGAUCAAAAUGCGCAAGUACUUCUCUCUGGUCGCCACAGAGUUCACCGACCAAGCUUCUAACAUCAGAAUUCAACAGGAAGUGCCCAGUCAGGAAGUGCUGGAACAGGAAAUGAAAUGGAUGAAGGAACACCUGUCACAGCUGGGCUCUCCUGUGGUGCUCUGUCACAACGACCUGCUCUGUAAGAACAUCAUUCAUAACGCUAAGGAAGGUCACGUUCGGUUCAUCGACUAUGAAUACUCGAGUUACAACUACCAAGCGUUUGACAUUGGAAAUCAUUUCAACGAAUUUGCAGGCAUGAGUGAACCAGACUAUAAUCUGUAUCCCAACCUGGAGAUGCAGUUGGACUGGCUGCACACGUACCUGCAGGCCUACAAGCUCUUUACCAAGAAAGGUGAAGACGUCAGCCAGCGGGAACUGGAGACGCUGUACGUGCAGGUCAACAAAUUUGCUCUGGCCUCACAUUUCUUCUGGGGUUUCUGGGCCCUGAUCCAAGCCAAGUACUCCACCAUUGACUUUGACUUCCUCGGGUAUGCUGUGCUACGUUUCAAUCAAUACUUCAAGACCAAACCUGCAGUAAUGGCCCUGGAGAUCCCCAAAUGAGAAGAUACGACUGAGAGGACAGUGACUGUCAUGGAAUCGAAGGCCUUUCAGAUGGGGGUACCACACGGGCAGGUUCUAGGAGUCCUCUUACAUCUGACUGAGAAUUGAUUUGCCACGUCUCAGUUCCACAAAUUCUUUUUUUUCAUUCCUGAACACGCAGUGCACCUUUCCAGACUCCACUUCUAGUUUCUCAUCCAAUAUGUUUUAUUUAGUUUAUUUAUUGUUUUCGAGCACUUGUUUGCACCAGUUGGUACUUCUUGUUUCAAGGUUUAAGAGACAUUUCCGAGUGAUUUGCAGUGCAGGAAUGACACUUUGGUUUACACAAGAUACAUACAGGCUGCUCUUUCUGUCCUGCCGUGGCUUUAUAACUCUCGUGUCAAACUGAUGAGAUUUGCUGUUAUCUUUUUUUGUAAUGACGGAUACUCGAAAACCGCAAAAGCUGCUAGCCAGUGUGCUUUCAAAAUGAUUUACCCCGCAGUUUUGGAUUGACUGAAGGCUAGACAGUUACCGAGGUCAAACUCCCUCAUAACCUGUUGUUGAGUCACUUUAACCAAAUGCCAAGUAACCAAGUAACCGUUCACGUAAAUCUGACAUUACUUCAGACAUUCCCAAGAAGUCAGGACCACAGACCCCUCGCAUCUCCAGGACCACGUUUCCACCUCUUUAGCUUUUAUGGCUGUGAGAAGUUGUUGAAUUUUCCGCUCGUCACAGGCUGUGGAAUAUGACCACCUGCUCCCCGCCCGCCACUUCCUAAAUGUGUGUUUGCAUCACCUGGCAGAGAGCAAACUGAGAUUUAAAGUCAUUAUCUGCUCGAAAAUCAUUCUGAAUGUCAAAAUCCCCCUCAUUCAUUUUUACAAAAAACCAAGGGGAGGAAAUUUAUGUAACGGUGAUGCGUAGUUUGGUUCAGGUCACCAUCUGUGAGCACCCAAUGUCCUGCGGCAGAAAGAUUACUGUAUUUAAAUGGUCGCUGGAGGAAAUCUAAUGUCAGGUUAGGGAUUGUUUGAUGGAGUUCUCGACUGAAUUCAGCAAGGAAUUACAUCGCUUUAGUAUGCAAUGUAUCUCCAAUAGACAGGAUAUCAUUUCAUAAAACACUUUAUUUAAAAUGUGAUUGUAGUUUUUUUGUUUUGUACUUUAUUCUAUUGUUAUAGAAUAAUUUGUUUAUUUUCAAGUCCAACAUUCCAGUAGAAACUUGUUAAAGUCGCAAAAAAGCACACGGGUCACAAGAAAUCCUAAAACGGCAAGGUCUGAACCACUUCAGUAACUUUAGACGUGUGCGUUUAGAAAUGUAUUUGGGUAAAUUACCUGAAACCUGUCAAGAAAAUGUUCGUCUCAUCCCCCCCCCCCUCAAAAUGAAAAGAAUAGUUUUUGGAUUAUUUAUUUUUACCGUUUGAAGAUCAAAUAUGUCCAGGACGCACGUUUGUGAGAUGUAGCCAUUUGGAGUCAGUACAUUUAUACUUGAAAAGUGUUUGGCAGCUUUUUCAACCUAAGUGUCCUUUCACUGGCCGGCCUCAUCCGUCCCUGAUCAGUUUAGUACCAGUGUUUACAGAACGUCUUGAAACAAAGAUCGAGGUCACGUUGAAUAUCUGAGGCGUGUUUGGCUGUGCGUCGGGCGCAGGUUAAUAAUAAAACGCUUGUGCCGCCUCGGGCGACGAUUGAAACCGUGAGACCCCUCGACAAAUCCAUGAAUAAUUUUGUAGGUGAUGUUUCUCUAAUGAGCCUGAUGGAUGAGUGCUGAUACUGUUGUGUGUUCCCUGAACUCGGAUCUAAAAAAUGAUGGGCGAAUCUCACAAAGACUCGUUCAUGUCUCGUUCAUAUUUUACCCCCAAAACAAUAAACGUGUCUAUGUAUAUACAAAUGUACACACUCCAAAUUCAUCUGUGUCAAAGAAAUACAUCUAUGAGUGCUAUGAUACAGUAAUGAAAAUGAAAGAUAAACUGUACCUUAAUGAAUUAAAUAGAGGUAUACCGUGUUUUGUUGUUUUGAUUUUUGGCGGGUUCUUGACAGUGUUUAAGGUUCAGACUUUAUUUUUGCCUAUGUGACAUGAAAAAAGUGGACGUUCAGGAUUACUGUUGGUAAAAAAAAACACAUUUUAUACUACACGCAUGAAGGACAACAUGAAUAACAUGUUGAUAAAAGUGCAAUGGCAGGAUUUCUAUGUAGGUGUAGAAAUGUAAAAUGUCCACCAAAAACAGCGAGAAACCUACUUUCUGUUUGUAAAAUAUAAAGUAGUUUAUCGGUUUCUUUAACUGUUAUUGAUGUGAAGAAAAUGUUUACACUGUUCCCUUUUUCUUGAAAAAGGUCAUUUCGUUCAACAGGUUCAUUAUUUUGUUCUCGCACGGGAACAGUUUUCCACUUUAAUAUCUGAGCCAACGUUUCAGUUUGGCCACAUCUGUUUAUUCUCUUGGGCAUAACGGUUUGUGGUGGAACGAUUAUAAUCAACGCUAGAUUUAGAAAACCUACUGUAAAUGAUAUAUGAAUAACUCUAUGAUCUUGUAGAAGUCCUUUUAUUCACAUCUGCUCUUUAAAGGGACGUUACAGUGCGUUGGGAUUUUUUUGUUUUGUUCCGAAAACAUACCAAACAAGUCAAGCUUUACAGCUCGUGCUUUAUUUCAGAUGAAUUCUCUUGUGAAUGUACUCGAGUAAAAUGUACAGGUAAUCUUUCAUUUCUAUCUUUUUUCUUUUUGUAUAUUUAACUAAACUGGAAGUGUGAUUGGCAUGUGUGUGUAUUUGCUGUACUCCAGCUACUGUGGUGCAGUGAUUCUUUGAAAAGUUUGUAAAUACUGUGAAAUACGGUGUAAAAAAAAGUACUGUACAAUGUUUUCACUUCAGCUAUGGGGAGAAUAAUUUAAGAAUUGUUCAAACUUUUUUCCAUUAAAAAUAUCAGCGUUCGAUCGGUGGUGCAUUUGAUUUUUGUUAUAUUUGCAUAUUGGAAUUAAUUGUUUUGACAGGAAAAAAAUGAAUG